AUGGUGGGCCAUGUCAGCAUGGCGGAUCCAUUCGAUGCGCCUCUGUCUAAAGCUGUCCAUGAUGCUAUAAGCCGGCCUGGGGUAUUGGAAGGCGAGGAUGUCACAGCGCAUAGUGCUGGGACGGUCAUCUGCAUUGAAGGGCCUCAAUUCUCCACCCGCUCCGAAUCCCUCCUCUACCGCUCCCUCCCCACCCAGCCUCCCAUCUCCGUCAUCAACAUGUCCGCCGUGCCCGAGUGCAAACUCUUCCGCGAAGCCGAAAUCGCAUACGCCCUCGUCUGCAUGAGCACCGACUACGACAGCUGGCACAGCACGAAUGAGGGGGUGUCGGUCGAGAUGGUCAUGGGUCACAUGGUGGCGAACGGGGCGAAUGCGAAGAGGGCGGUGGCGGCUGUGUUGGAGGAGUUGAGUAAGGAGGAUGUCAAGGGGGUGGUGGGGGAGAGGUGGACGAUGGCGAGUAGAGGGGGCGUUAUGGGGCUGCAUAAGAGGGAUGGGAGGGGGGCGGAGGCGGUGGGGAGGUUGAGGUGGUUGUUUGGGGAGAAGUGGGUUGAUGGUGGCGAGUAA